AUGGUUUGUGAAAAAGCAAAAUGGUUUCAUGAACAUUUGAAAAUUGAGGAAACAUUUAAUGCUUCACAAGGCUGGUUAUUUAGGUUCAAAACUCGCCAUGCCAUAAGACAGCUGGACAUUCAAGGUGAAAGCCCGCGUGGAGAUUUGACUGCUGCAACACUAUUCAAUGUCGAAUUCAAUUCAUUCCUUUCAAAAUUUAACUUGUCCCCUGACCAAGUGUACAACGCUGAUGAAUCAGGUGUAUUCUGGAAAAUGCUACCUUCAAAAACACUUGCUGCGCAAUCUGAAAAAUCAGCUCCUGAACAUAAAUCUAGUAAUGAACGACUUACUAUUAUGACGUGUUCAAAUGCGACCGGUUCACAUAAGAUCAAACUAACUGUUAUUGGGAAAGCUAAGAAACCAAAAUCUUUUAAAGGGACAGAAAUGAAAUAUUUACCAUGUGACUAUUACCACCACCCAAAAGCUUGGAUGAACCAGGUUAUUCUUAGUGAAUGGUUUUUCAACGUUUUUGUACCAUCUGUACAAAAAUUUCAUGAAAAAGGAAUACCAAAAAGAGAAUCCCCUGAGAGGAUUCACUAUUAA